AAGAGCUCAUCAGAUGGAUUUAAGGAUGCUUAACAAAUUUUAACACAUGCUUCUGCUGCACAGAGUAAUGCAACUCCACUUAGUAUUUAUAUUCAUACAUGCAAAAAAGCAUACACAGAUCUUUAAAGAGCAGAGAAGUAAUUGCCAACAUCUGACAUGAUGUAUAUAAUGUAAGGUACCAGGGCUUUGUUCCUGCAUCUAACAGAGAGGAAUUUUUCAUCUUUUUGGUUUUGUUAUAUUUCAGUGCACUAUGGACCUUGGGAACAGUGGAAAAAUCCACUGCAACAUGAGACUCACCUACUCUCUGCUAAUUGUGGGAGCGUUCUGCGUAACACCCUUCCUCUGCCAUAGCCAAAUUGAUCCACUAGCUCUUGGGCGAGCAGACCCCCAGUGUUGGGAAUCCUCCUCAGCUGUCUUACUGGAGAUGAGGAAGCCUCGUAUUUCUGACUCUGUCAGUGGCUUUUGGGACUUCAUGAUCUUUCUGAAAUCAUCAGAGAACUUGAAACAUGGGGCUUUGUUCUGGGACCUGGCUCAGCUCUUCUGGGAUAUCUAUGUGGACUGUGUGCUCUCCAGAACCCAUGGCCUAGGGAGAAGGCAGCUAGCAGAAGCUGAACAGAAGAUUGCAAGUCUACGUUCUCAAUUCACAGUGAGAAACCAAGGGAUAUUUCCUCAUAUUCAGAGGUCACAAGUUCUGAAGAAGAAAGACUUGUUUGAAGAUUUAAUAAGUAUCCACAUGCAUAAGAGCAUAUCUACAUUACUUGGAAGAAUCACUGGAGAGCUAGGAAAAAAGAGGAAAUGACACAUUUAGUCCAAGAUCUUGAUUUGUGUAUAUGUUUAAGCUACUUCUCUUUAUUUGCUUUUUGCAUUUUAAUCCUCAUUGAUGUCAAUUUAUAUGCUGGAAGAAGGCCUGUAACUAUGAGCACUGUAUUUCUGAUUAACUUGGACUUGUGGGGUUUUUUAAUUGCUUAUGAAUUCAGACUCCUUAAUAAACUGCAUGAUUUAUAAGCAGUUGCCUACUUUAAUCUGUGUAUAUGAGGCCUUUUGUAAUGCAUGUGACCUAUCCAAACUAUUGUCCUUUGGGUGCCAAAACAGGAAAUAACUGAUCCUUCAAUAAAAUAUAGACAAGCAGAGCAGGAAGUUGCCAAAAACCUCCACUGGCUCCAAAACAGGAUUAGAGUCAAGAUGGUGAUGUUUUACUGUAUGCAUAGCUGUAAGCUUGUACAAAGCAACCACUGCUGAAAAACAUCAUCCUACUAAGGAAAAGUAGUACAUAUUUUUAUAUUAAAAACACCUUAAAAAGAUGGUUCUGGUUUUCUAGUAAAAGUGUUAACAGGUUUUACCAGCAGCUUCUCUGUGUGCUUUGUGUUUUUUUUUACAGUAUUUUCCCUAAAUUUUAGUUACUAAAAACAUCACUUAAAGUGUUUAAUUAAAAGAAUUCUCAUGCAUAACUUGAAUUUGCAUCUUUUUUAAUUUGCAACUUCCUUGUAGACAAAUCAGUUU